AUGGAUGUUUUGUCCCGUAUGCUCUCCCUAGCAGAAGAUAUCAAGUUGCUAAAAGGUAUCAAAAUCUCGAGAAGAGCACCUUCAAUCUCGCAUCUCUUUUUUGCGGAUGAUGCUAUGUUUUUCUUCAAAGUUAGCCCCGACUCUUGCUCUACUAUAGCAGAUAUUCUAUUUAGAUUUGGAGAAGCCUCUGGACAACAGGUUAACCUCAGUAAAUCCUAUAUCAAAUUUAGCCCUUCUGUCUCCCCCUCGAUGGCAGAAACCUUCAAAAGCAUUCUCAGGUUCCCUACAACUGAUAGUAUUGGGAAUCAUCUAGGGGUUCCUAUUGAUCUUAUAGGAGCUAAAUCUCAGCACUUUACCUAUCUGAUUGAACGAGUAAAAAAGAAGAUUAUCUCCUGGGCUCAUUGCAAGCUUUCCAAGGGUGCUAAAUUAAUCCUUAUUAACUCUGUCCUUAUUGGAAUCUCCUCGCAUGUGCUGAAAUCUUUCAAGAUCCCUCUGUCUAUUGCAAAUAAGUUAGACUCUCUGAUAACAAGAUUCUGGUGGGCGAAAAAUGGAGACAAAGGUAUUCACUGGGUAAAUAGACAAACUAUCCAGCUUCCAAAAGGUAUGGGCGGUCUGGGAAUUUGUUCGAUUCCUGUUUAUAAUGAUGCCUUGCUGUUCAAAAAAGUGCAGAGAAUGCAUACCAACCCCCAACUUCUUGCUUCUAAAAUGUAUAAUGCAAGUAGUGAAUCUAUGCUAUGCUCGGGAAAGUCUCAAACUAAGACUCCCUCCAGUUUCUCGUGGGUUCGACGAAACAUGCACAAACUUGCUCUCAAAGUCAUGAAAGGCUUUGUCUGGAAGAUUGGCUCGGGAAGAAAUAUCCUAGCCAGUAGCUCUAAAUGGGUCCAUGGGCAAACCCCGGUGGUUCGGUCCAAUCAAAAUCUGCUCCAGAGCUCUAAAUGGACUGUUUCCGAUCUUAUCAACCAGACCUCUAGAAGUUGGAAAGUCAGUACGGUUAGGGAUCGUUUUGAGUGGAAAAGUGCUCAAGAAAUUCUCUCUGUUGACCUACCUGAGAAGGAAGAAGAAGACUUUCUUUACUGGCACCAUCACCCCUUGGGGAAGUAUACGGUCAAGUCUGGCUAUGCUUUUCUUGCAGGUCUCCUUGACACCUCGGAGCCCUCGCAUAGAAACGAAUCUUUUGAUUUUUUCUAG